CAUCGUAUCAUCGCAUAGUCUAUGAGUUUACGGCUUACACAGGUGUACGACUACGAGUAAUGUUUAGUUUUAUUUUGAUUUUGUUACGAUAAUGUUGACUGUUGAGUGUUGUUACAUUUGAGAUAUUGUACGAGUGUAUUGUGUAUGCCAAAAUCGAAGAUAAAGUUAUUUGAAAACGCAUACGUUAAUAAUUAUAAGGUUUCAUACAAAAAUUACAUUGUGUUUGUGAGUACAAAAAGAGAAAAUGAAAAAUUGUGCAUCAAAUUAAAAACUGUCUUUAAGCAAAUCUAAAACAAUAAAUGUUAGAGUGAAAUAAAUAGUAGUAAUUAAUCAAUUCAAUAAAUUUAGUUUUAUCAAAGUUUGAAAAUUGUAAAGUUAAUUACAACAAUAUACAUAAUUGUAAUUAAAAACUUGACUGCCUGUGAUAUUUACAAUUAUAAUUUUUACACAUCGAAAUGACUGUGACCUACACCGGUGAAGUAGCCACUUGUCGUGGCUUUGGAACAUUUUUGAGAGUUUUAUCCAAAUGGCGCGGGAGCAUUUACAAAUUAGUAUGGCUAGAUCUAAUAGUAUUCUUAUUAAUUUAUUAUGUUUUAAAUUUAGUAUACAGACUGCUUUUAGAUCCAGAAUCAAAAAGGGCGUUUGAAGGCGUGGUAAAUUACUGCAGUUUUCAUGGGAACGUAAUUCCAUUGUCUUUUGUACUUGGUUUCUAUGUAACUGUUGUGAUGAAUCGAUGGUGGAGUCAGUACACAACCAUUCCUUGGCCGGACUCUAUAGCUGUGUUCGUGUCCGCGUCUAUUCACGGACAGGACGAGCGAGGGCGGCUGAUGAGACGAACGAUAUUGCGAUAUGUUUGUCUUUGUCUCACCAUGGUGCUCACUAUGAUCUCUCCUCGAGUUAAGAAACGUUUCCCCACCCAUGGCAAUUUGGUGGAAGCUGGUCUUCUUCUCGAAAAUGAAAAGUUAAUUCUUGAAAACUUAAACGAAAAAUUCCCGAAGCCUUCUAAACAUUGGUUACCCAUAGUAUGGGCGACAAGUAUAGUGACGAGAGCCCGGAAGGAGGGCCGGAUAAGAGACGAUUUCGCCGUGAAAACUAUAAUCGACGAAUUGAAUAAAUUUAGAGGACAAGCGGGUCUAUUGCUAAGCUACGAUACUAUAAGCGUUCCAUUAGUUUAUACUCAGGUAGUUACGAUUGCCGUUUACUCAUAUUUCAUUACAUCCGCGCUGGGUAGCCAGUGGGUUGAUAACAAACUACAAUCACAUAGCUCAUCAGUCUAUAUAAGUAAUAUAGACCUUUAUUUUCCCGUAUUCACGACAUUAGAGUUCUUCUUCUACAUGGGCUGGCUGAAAGUGGCGGAGUCACUUAUUAACCCUUUCGGCGAAGAUGAUGAUGACUUCGAAGUCAACUGGAUGAUUGAUAGAGAUUUACAGGUAUCCUACAUGAUUGUGGACGAAAUGCAUCACGAGCAUCCGGAGUUGAUCAGGGAUCAGUAUUGGGACGAGGUGUUCCCGUCCGAGCUGCCCUACACGAUCGCCACUGAGAACCAAAGGGAGGAGCAUCCAGAACCUUCCACGGCGCGGGUGGCGGUGCCACCACGCCAGUGCAGCAUGGUCACAGUGGCGCCCUCCAACGUCAAGAUCGACGAGAUGGUCCCAUCCAACACCGUGAGUUACAAGUUCGCCCCGCCAGAGCAAUUACAAAUGAACGAUGACGCACAAUCUGGGAUACAUUUCAUUGUGUCCCGAGGGAGUAAGCGAGGAAAGAAGGACGACAGGAACUCGAUGGGCUCGAGCAACUCUAUGUUGUCUUUGCAACAGACGCCAAUGACUAGAGCCAACUCUGUCACGUCUAUGCUUAAACGAUUGUUCUCGAAGGACGAACGCCAGCAACCCCCUACACCGAUUACGAUGCAGACCGACGGCGGACCACGCUUCACAAUAUCGGCAAGCAACCCCACGCUCAACAAGCCCACGACUGCAGGCGGCGGCAGUAUGAAGAUCGCCAACGAAGUCAUCGAGGAGGUGGACGAGCAAGCUACCAUCACCAGCAUGGCGAAACGGCCGGAAAAUAGGCCGACAGUCAUGAGUUUGUUCGCGCAAGGACCACCAAAGCCAAGCGACCCCGUCGAUGUUCCCUCGGGAAAUUCUAACCACAAUUCCAAAGACACGCGUUUGUCGACAUCAGCGCCGCCGUCGCAGUGGAUACGCCGAGAGGCCGGGGACGAUGGCGACAUGAGCCCGACUGCCAAGUCGCUGUUCACACAGGCGUCCUUCCCCAACAUGCGGCCGCGCCUCGACAGCGACGUGGGCCCCUCGCUGAGCGCCGCCGGCAGCCAGACAUUGUUGGAUGAAACAGAUGGAGUAGACGGAAACACUGACAUGGAUGACUUUGAUCGCCUGCGAAGUAUACGUGAACAACAUCGACGAGAAAAAUAUUUACAGAAACUAAUGGCCCGCUCUAUAAGCGCACAACAGCCUACUGGUAGCUUAGAAUUGAUAGACAAUGAUUUAGUAUUAGAAGAACUCAUUAAACAAUCACAGAAGCAACAAACAGAGGACGACUCCAAAGAAAACACAACUUGACAUAGCUUUAUUUUUUCCUGGGAUUGAAACAUCUCCUGUUUAGACAGUAUUAAAAUUGUGAUACUUAUAUAAUUUAUUUAUAAGUAUAAGUUUGGUGGUAUCGUGUUAUAGCGAAGUGCUGUGUAUUUAUAAGCAUAACUGGAUAUUAAAUCAAUAUUUAUAAGUAAAUCUAG